AUGUUCAUGAGGAACGGAUUGGUUUCGUAUGUCCCAUUCACGCUCAACGGAACGAUUAUUUCCGAAUGGUCCAGUUAUGCCUAUCUAGUUCGGAAAAUUAAUACGAUGAAUGACUUAGCUCCAGAGUUGAGCAAAAGAAAACGAGCGGCUGGGGGAGCUUUCAAGAGCAUCAAGGAUGUAGUGAAGAGAACAAAGAACACCCGACUCUGUGCCUACCUUUUCGACUCAGCGGUACUUCCUGCCCUAACGUAUGCGUCACAAACUUGGUGGCUCCGUAAGCAGGAUGAAAGAUCACUCAGCGUUAUUGAACGUGCAGUCGAAAGAGCGAUACUAGGAGUAUCCUGUUUCACACAAGUAAAGGAAGGGAUUCAAACCCUCGACCUGCGUCAACGAUCAAAAAUCAAAGAUGCCGUUCUGUACGCUAAACAGUCGAAGGUAAGAUGUGUCGGACAUGUAAUGCGUAUGAAUGACAAGCAAUGGACAAGAGCUGUUAGUGACCGGAUUCCUUGUGAUAGCACACAGCAGGAAGACGACGGACUCAAUGGUCAGAGCUCUUCACGACAAACCUAG